AUGGGUGUCGUCAAGGGAGGCGUCUGGACCAACAUCGAGGAUGAAAUCCUCAAGGCCUCCGUUUCCAAGUAUGGCCUGAACCAGUGGGCGCGUGUCUCGUCGCUGCUCGCCCGCAAGACCCCGAAGCAAUGCAAGGCCAGAUGGAACGAGUGGUUGGAUCCGAGCAUCAAGAAGACGGAAUGGAGCAAAGAAGAAGACGAAAAGCUCCUCCACCUCGCCAAGCUCAUGCCCACCCAAUGGCGCACCAUCGCACCCGCCGUCGGCCGAACCGCCAACCAAUGCCUCGAACGAUACCAGAAGCUCCUCGACGAAGCAGAAGCCAGGGAGGCCGGCCAGUUGGGCCUCACAGGCAUAGACGGAGGCGAGGCAUCCGCGCCUAGCGCCGACGAUGUUAGAAGAUUGCGCCCCGGCGAAGUCGAUCCGGACCCCGAAAGCAAGCCGGCCCGACCCGAUACGAUCGAUCUCGACGAAGAUGAAAAAGAGAUGCUGAGCGAAGCGAGAGCACGUCUCGCAAACACACAAGGAAAGAAAGCGAAGAGAAAGGCUAGAGAACGUCAGCAGGAGGAGUCGCGCCGCUUGGCCGCCCUCCAGAAGCGCCGUGAGCUCAAGACGGCCGGCAUCAACAUCAAGGUCGUCACACGCAAGAAGGGCCAGAUGGACUACAACGCCGACAUCCCCUUUGAGAGAAAGGCCGCCCCGGGCUUCUACGACACCGUCGAAGAGCAGGUCCGCAACGAGCACCAACGCGAGGCGUUCGACCCGAGAAAACAGCAGAUUGCAAGCAAGCGCAAGGGCGAUGGCGACGACGACGGCGAGAGCAAGAGGAGGAAGAAGGAAAAGGAUGCGCCCUCAGCAUCGUUCCAAGCCGCCGUGAAGGCCGGCCAGAUGCAGAAGAUCCGAGAGGCCGAGCAGAGCAGCAAAAGAAGGGCGCUGAACCUGCCAGCUCCCCAGGUGAGCGAGGGCGAAUUGGAGGAAAUCGUCAAGAUGGGCAUGAUGGGCGAGAGGGCAAGCAUGAUGGCGCGCGAAAGCGACAACGAUGCGACGCGGGGACUAAUCAGCGAAUACUCGACCUUGAACAACAGCGCGCCAAUUCGAACCCCACGAGCCCCUGCCCAAGAAGACCACAUCGCCAACGAGAUCCGGAACAUCAGAGCCUUGACAAACACCCAGUCCUCAUUGCUAGGCGGAGAGAACACGCCUCUGCACGAAGGAUCCGAGUCGACCGGGUUUGACGGUGUCGCCCCUCGCAAGCAAGUCGUCGCAACACCGAACCCUCUGGCGACUCCCAUGCAUGCCAAUGGUGUCGGCCAGACUCCCGCACGUGUUGGACAGACUCCGAUGAGGACACCUCGCGACAGCUUUGCCUUGAACGCCGAUGGGACCCAGGCCCUCGUCUCGGCGACACCCCAAGAAGUCAAACUGCGACAGAUGGCGCUGCGCAGCCAACUCAAGCAAGGCCUAGCGUCUCUGCCCAAGCCCAAAGACACCGAAUGGGAGCUUGAGCUUCCCGAAGACCAACGGGAGGUGGCCGCGAACGAGGACAUGCUCAUGGAAGAUGCCGGUGAAAGGGAUCGCCGGGAACGCGAGUUCAGGGCAGCCCAGGAAGCUCUGGAAGCGCGGAGGCGGACACAAGUCAUGCAGAGACAGUUGCCCCGGCCGGUCAAAGUCGACGUGUCCGCACUGUUGUCAAGUGCCGAAACCAUUCAGGACACCGCCAAGUCGCUCAUCGCUAGAGAAGCUGCCGCGCUGGUCGCCAACGAUGCUGCCAAGUAUCCUUUGCCCGGGUCUAAAGUCAGCGGGAUCGCCCCUCGUUUGGACACCAUCAGCGACGAUGACUUGGCCGAGGCACGCCUUCAGAUCCUGUCCGAGACAAAGCCGAAACCUUCUGCGGCCGAGAUCCAAGCUUCAUUCGAGGGCCGCAGCAAGAACUCAUUCUUACUUGGCUUGGGAUGUUAUGGCGACGACGAAGAGGAAGAGGAGGCGGCCAUGAAAGAGGCCUUUGAGUCUAUGCAAGACUCGAUCGCGACUACUGCCGAGGAGGGUAUCAAGCUUGAGAAGAAGCUGGGCUUGCAUCUGGGUGGAUACCAGAAGCGGCAGAAGAUGCUGAAGGACAAGAUCGGCGCGGCCGCCGAGGCACUGGAAAAGGCGGACAAUGCACUCAGCGGGUUCAAGACACUCGCUAUUUCGGAAGAAGUCGCGAUCCAGCGACGUCUGGCUGCGUUGAGAGACGAGGUCGGCUUCGUCAGCACAAGAGAACGCGAGGCACAAGAGCUGUAUCGCAAGACGAAGGACGAACUCGAUGCGCUGCGGGCUAACGGGGUCAAUGGGCAUUACUGA